AUGACGUGGCGGUGGUUGGGGAGGUUUUGACGUAGCGACUUCACACAACACAUGCACCAUGAGAAGGCAAAGCCGUUUUGACGUACUCGACUUUACACAACCUGCAUAAUACACCAAUACUUUGCUCUGUGUGAACCCCUAUGUUAAUCAAUUGCAUAGUGACUUGAUUAUUUGUUUAUAUCAACAACUUUAUCCAUUAUAUCUUUAAAGGAGAAACAACUCUAGAUGUCGCUUUUUCUACAACUAGACAAGACAGAAUCAAUAUAUAAUCCUUGGUGAUUGUCUGCAAGCCCGACCCACAAAUACACUAAGUAAACAUGUUGGCAAAAAUGAAAGCGAGUACGGAGCAAGAGCUCGAGAAGAAGACGGCGGACUUCGAGCGAAAGCCCGCCCCUUCUGGAGACCGUAAACAGAGCAUUGUGGAACGGAAGGGAAGCGUCAGCGAGAAGCGGAGAAACAGCGUAGCACCCAUGCCUAAAAAACCCGCUACUGGCAAUAAGGCUGCCCAGCAGAUGGGACACUCGCUGACCGGUAUGUUGGCGACCAAGAAGUUCUUCAAACGGUUUUCUAAGAGGGAGCGGACAUCUUCCACCGUUACAGUACCGCCCAAGGAAUAUGAACCAACUUAUCGGAUGGUUCCUAAGCGGAAGUUCAAUUCACAGCACGUGCAUGAAGUGAUUAAGAAACUCGUAGAUGACAAAUUGGACAAAAUGAUUUACAGCAAAAAAUGGUCUCCGAAUUUGACCAAGAUUUUGUGUAACCAAAUCAAAGAGAAGGUGAAGACUUUGAAUUACGAGAGAUACAAGAUGAUUUGCAAUGUAACUUUGGGUGAGAACAAAGGGCCUGGAAUAAUGGCCACCAGUCGAUGCUCAUGGGACCACAGAACGGACGAUUACGCCACCUAUACUUUUCAAAGCAAACAUUUAUACUGCACAGUUGUAGUUUUUGGUGUAUAUAAGGAAUGAUUUCACAUGUUUGUAAGUGCCUUUGUAACAUACUUUUUUAGUGCGAAUGAAACGUGAUGAUGAUUAUGACGAUGGUGAUAUUGAUGAUGAUGAUGAUGAUGAUGAUGAUGAUGAUGAUGAUGACAAUGGUGUCUAUAUUACUAACACUGAUUAUAAGUGUGAAUGUUUUUCUCAAAUGGCCACAUUUUAUCUCUACAUACAAACCUCCUCAGAUAUGACAUGCUUUGCAAAUACACCACUUUGUCGCUGAUUAGAACAGUUGCGCUUGACAGGGUAUUGUAGACGUACGUGAGAAAAUGAAAGAAAUCGUCUCAACUGAAUAUUUGUUCUGCAGAUUUUCUACUCAGUGAAGUAAUAGCAUUCAUUCUGUUUCCAUUUGUGGAGAUAAUGCAUUUAAACUUAAAAUAAAUUAAGGUGCCUACAGCUUA